GAUCACUAUAAAACCCUAAUAACCCUAUAUAACAAUGAUAACUGAUUCGUGAAAAUGAAUUUAAAGCAUAUUUUAUUAUUUUGGAUGUUGGCCUUGUUAAGUUAUGCCAACCUAAUUUGUUCGGAAAAGUAUGAGGCUUUCAAUGAAUCUGCAACUACAAGUAUAAUUCAUAAAAGAACCAGUAAAUUUUUAUUUGAUACUAUUUUUCGAAUAAGUUCUGGGGUGUCAAACGCUUUUGGACUUGACACAGAAGAUGAUGUUGAGUAUACUGAAAAUUCAAGCCUAAAAAAUUGCGACUGUGAUUGUGGCUUUUCAAAUGAAGAAAUAAGAAUUGUUGGCGGAAAACCAACAGGCGUAAACCAAUAUCCGUGGAUGGCACGAAUUAUUUACGAUGGAAAAUUUCAUUGCGGUGGAUCGUUAUUAACUAAGGAUUAUGUUCUAUCUGCAGCUCAUUGCGUGAAAAAAUUGCGAAGAUCAAAAAUAAGAAUAAUUUUCGGAGAUCACGAUCAGGAAAUUACUUCUGAGUCUCAGGCCAUUCAACGUGCUGUAACAGCUGUAAUAAAACAUAAGAGCUUUGAUCCUGACACAUACAAUAAUGAUAUUGCACUGUUAAGAUUAAGGAAACCAAUUGCAUUUUCAAAAAUUAUAAAGCCAGUUUGUCUUCCCCGAUACAAUUACGAUCCUGCAGGUCGAAUUGGUACUGUUGUUGGUUGGGGACGAACUUCUGAAGGAGGAGAGCUGCCUUCCAUCGUUAAUCAAGUAAAAGUUCCGAUUAUGUCUGUUACAGAAUGCCGAAAUCAGAAAUAUAAAAGUACCCGAAUUACCUCAACAAUGUUGUGCGCCGGACGACCAAGCAUGGACUCCUGUCAAGGCGAUAGUGGAGGACCACUGCUGUUGUCUAAUGGAGUUAAGUUUUUUAUUGUCGGAAUAGUUUCCUGGGGUGUCGGAUGUGGUCGCGAGGGAUAUCCGGGUGUUUAUACACGAGUAAGCAAAUUUAUUCCAUGGAUAAAAUCUAACUUAGAAAAUACGUGCUUGUGUUCUUAGUUUUUAGUUUUGUUAUAAAAGU